GUCUGGAGUUAGUGUGACGGACGUCUGGUUUCCUCUGAAUGACCUCCGCUGUUGAACCUUUGAUACGGACUGGCCUUUCGGUCAGAGGUUCAAACGGAUAUUUAUUCCACCGAACCCACGAACCCACAUCUAGCAUGGCUACGCGAGGCGCUCUGGGCUGCCUCCUCCUGACCGCUCUGCUCAGCUUAUCAAACGCCGGGCUCGUGAAGGAAAUCCUACGGCAUCGCCGACAGACCCUGGAGCCCCCUGAAGACCACAACGCCACGCUGCCGAGCGCGGACCGCCCCGUGGUUUUCAACCACGUCUACAACAUCAACGUUCCCGCCAGUUCGCUGUGCUCCGUGGACCUGGACGCUCCGGAGAGCACGCGGCUCCGGCCUAAAGACGCGGCGGCCUCGCCGGGCGAGCUUUUCACAGAACACACGAUCGACGGGGAGAACCAAAUCGUCUUCACCCACCGCAUCAACGUGCCUCGACAGGCCUGCGGUUGCGGCGAAGACCUGACGGGCCUGAAGGAACUCAUGAGCCGACUUGAGAUGCUGGAGGGAGAGGUUUCCGCACUGAGGGUUCAGUGCAACGGUGACGGGGCAUGCUGCGGAGCGCAGGUCACGGGUGCGGUGGGAACUAAACCUUACUGCCACGGCAACGGAAACUACAGCGCCGAAACCUGCGGCUGCAUAUGUGAGCCGGGCUGGAGGGGACCCAACUGCACUGAACCCGAGUGUCCCGGUGACUGCCAGAACCGAGGCCGGUGCGUCGACGGAGCGUGCGAGUGCUUCAAGGGCUUCGCCGGAGCGGACUGCACCCUCGAGGUCUGCCCUGCGGACUGCGGAGCGCACGGCCGGUGUGUCGGAGGUGUUUGCAUCUGCUCGGAGGGUUUCCUCGGCGAGGACUGCUCGCGAACCAAGUGCCUCGACAGCUGCCGAGGCCGCUGUGAAGACGGAGUCUGCGCGUGUGACGAACCCUGGACCGGAUCCGACUGCUCUGAGCUCGUCUGCCCCAAAGACUGCUACGAACGCGGCCGUUGCCAGAACGGCACCUGCUACUGCGACGAGGGGUACGCCGGGGAGGACUGCGGCGAACGCACCUGCGCCAACAACUGCCACGGCAACGGUUUCUGCGUGAACGGCCAGUGCGUCUGCGCCGCCGGCUUCAGCGGAGACGACUGCUCUCGGCUCACCUGCCUCAAGGACUGCAACGACAGGGGUACCUGCUUCAACGGGAUGUGCAUCUGCGACAUCGGCUACCAAGGCGCAGACUGCAGCCAGCUGGCGUGCCUGAACAACUGCAACAACAGAGGCCAGUGCGUAAACGGGCAGUGUGCCUGCGAUGUCGGCUUCCAGGGCGACGACUGCGCCGAUCUUUCCUGCCCGAACGACUGCCUCCAGAGGGGGCGCUGCGUCAACGGCCAGUGCGUGUGCAAGGAGGGCUUCGCCGGAGAGGACUGCAGCAUCAGGACCUGCCCCUCGAACUGCUACGGCCACGGCAAGUGCGUCAAGGGUCGUUGCGUGUGUCACGCGGGCUUCACCGGCGAGGACUGCGGCGAGCUGAGCUGCCCCAGCAACUGCCGAAACCGCGGCCGAUGCGUCGACGGGCAGUGCGUCUGCGACGAGGGCUUCUCCGGAGAGGGCUGCGGUCAGAAAGCGUGUCUCAACGACUGCCUGGCCCGGGGCUACUGCGUGGACGGCCGGUGCGUCUGCCCAGAAGGCUACUCAGGAGACGACUGCUCGGUGCACGUCUGUCCGGGCGACUGCAACAACAGGGGGCGCUGCGUCAGCGGAAGGUGCACGUGCGAGAGCGGGUACGAAGGAGAGGGCUGCGCGGAGCUGAGCUGCCUCAACGACUGCCGGGACAAAGGCCGCUGCCUGGACGGUCGGUGCGCCUGCGACGAGGGAUACAUCGGAGAGGACUGCUCAGAAGUGUCUCCUCCAAAGGACCUGACUGUUGGCGAGGUCACCUCUGACACGGUGGACCUGUCCUGGGACAACGAGAUGCUGGUGACCGAGUACCUUGUGACGUACGUGCCCACCAGCCCCGGUGGUCUUCACAUGGAGUUCACCGUGACGGGAGACAAAGCGGCGGCCACUGUCAAAGAGCUCGAACCCGGCAUCGAGUACCUGAUCAAUGUCUACGCCGUUCUGAGCAACAAGAAGAGCAUCCCCAUCAGCGCCAGGGUGGCCACGGAGCUUCCAAAACCAGAGGGUUUAAUCUUCAAAUCGGUGAGAGAGACCUCAGUGGAGGUGAUGUGGGACCAGCUGGACAUCUCCUUUGAUGGCUGGGAGAUCUAUUUCCGCAACACGAAAGAAGAAAACGGGAAAGUGGUGAGCACCAUCCCACCCACUCAAAACCAGUUUCUCCAGUCAGGCCUCGGACCGGGACAGGAGUACGAGGUCUCUGUUAACAUCAUCAAGAACAACACCAGAGGUCCCCAAACAUCCCAAAAAGUCACCACCAAGAUCGAAGGCCCCCGGCAGGUGGAGGUGAAGGACGUGACGGACUCCUCCGCCCUGGUCGGUUGGUCUCAGCCGGUGGCUCCCACGGACAGACUCACCAUGUUUUACGGGUCCAGCUCCGACCCCUCGGAGGAAACCAGAGUGGAGAUUUCCCCCCAGGACAAGCAGCACAGCAUCGACGGUCUGAGGCCCGACACAGAGUACAAGGUGUCGCUCGUCUCCAGGAGAGGAAAGCUCGACAGCGACCCUUCCAUCACCACGUUCACCACAGCCCUGGACGCCCCCGUGGACCUGCAGCCGGUGUCCCAGACGGACGACAGCAUCACUCUGGAGUGGACCAACACUCAAGCUGACGUCGGCAACUAUCUGGUGAAAUACAGUCCCAUCUCCGGAGCGACUCACGGCGAGGAACUGGUCCCGCGAGGACCCGGAGACACCACCAAAGCUACCAUCACCGGUUUGAAACCGGGGACGGAGUACGGGAUCGGUGUGACCGCCGUGAAGAACGGGAGGGAGAGUACCCCCGCUACCACGAAUGCUGCAACUGAUAUCGAUCCUCCCAGAGAUUUGGAGGAAACGCAGUCCACCGAGAACUCGCUGACCUUGAGGUGGCGGAAACCCCAGGCCAAGGUCGGCGCCUACAGGCUGGUGUACGUCUCCGGGGACGGCCAGGUCGGGGAGGUGGAGAUCCCGCCCACGGCGACUAGCUACGUCGUGUCCAACCUGACCCCCGGGAUGGGCUACACCAUCACUCUGGCUGCAGAGAGGGGCCUCAAGAGGAGCGCGCCCGUCACCGUGUCUGCGUCCACAGCCUCUUUCACAUUUUAUUUAGCUGACCCCGACGACCGUGAGCUAACGACUCCCACGGGCUCAGAGGACAAUGUCAUUACUUUUGCGUACUUAGAGCCCUCCGAGGACGAGGACGAGCUCGUCGGGGAGCUCACGGUCUCGGGCGUCACGCCCGAUGGAUUUGACCUCACGUGGAAACCAAAGGCUCACGCCGUCUACGAUAGCCUGACGGUAGAAUAUAAAGACACUCGGCGAUUAUGGGAUGCGAGAGAGGCCCGUCUUCCUGGAGAUGCCACUGGCUCUCGAAUCCAGGGCCUGAAUGCAUCGACAGAAUAUCAAAUAGAGCUUUACGGAGUUACCGGUAGCCAGAGAUCUGCGCUACUCGAAGCGGUUGCAGUCACAGCACCCGAGCCCAGCUCUCCGGAUGUGCUCACGCUGAGCAUCAAAGACGCCCCGAGCACCGCUGCUCUGGAGACAGCAGCAGCUCAGAGCCCAGACCCCCUCCUCCGUCCUCUAAACACUCCCGGGGCCGAGUCCGAAGGCUCGAGCCCGGAGGUACCGGGGGACCUCGCGGUCCACGUGAGCCCGACGAGGUCGGCGCCCGACGAGGCGUUCGAUAGCUUUUCGGUGGAGCUCAGUGCUCCGUCGUCGGGGGCGACGCGAGCUCACGUGACCACACUACCGGGAAGUGUGAGAAACGCUGAAAUAGAGGGUUUGACCCCCUCCACACAUGAUAUCACAUUGCAAGGGCUGGUGGAAGGGGGGCGGUCUUUACCUCUCAAAGCUUUUGCCACGACAGAAGAGCCAAAGCCCGCGUUGAACCUCACCACCUCUGACAUUACAUGGGACGGCUUCACCGCGUCCUGGAGCCCCACCGGUGGGGAGUUUGACAGCUUUGUCAUCGAGGUCACAAACUUGGAGAACUUCGAGGAGAGCCAGAACCUCAGUCUGUCCGGAGACGCCUUCAGCCUGGGCAUCUCCGGGCUGAACCCCAACACCAGCUACAUGGUGGGCCUGUUUGGGAUGUAUCGGGGCUCCUUCCUCGAGCCCGUGUACACUGAAGCCACCACAGUGAAUCAACCAGUGGUUGGCAAACUAUAUAUCUCAAACUUAACGUCAGAGAGCUUUUCAAUCUCCUGGAACGGCACUGAAGGAGAAUUUGAUGGUUUUAUCCUGGAGAUAAUUGAUUCCGAUUGGCAGACGGAGCCAAAGGAAUAUAACGUAUCCCGCAGCGGGACGUCCCGCGACGUAACGGGGCUCAGGCCCAGCACUGACUAUAUAGCCUACUUCUAUGGGACGUACAAGGGAUCCCGAACAAGCCCUAUCAGUAUUGUUGCAUCAACAGCCGAAGAGCCUGAUUUGUCCAGGCUAGUUGUUUCUAACGUUACCUCAGACAGAUUGUACCUGUCGUGGCGGACAGGAGAGAAGGCCUUUGAUAACUUUAUAGUAGAAGUCAGAGAGUCUGCUUUGCCCUCGCAGGCGAUGGGGCGCACCCUGGCGGGUGACGUGCGCUCCACGGUCAUGGCCGGGCUCAAAGCGCGCACAAGCUACGACAUAAAGCUGUACGCCAGCGCCGGCGGCCGGAACACGCAGCCCCUGUUCGAUGUAGCUACGACAGAGGACGUCCCACAGUUGGGGCCCAUAGCUGCUUCAUCUGUGAGCCCGCAUAACCUCAGCUUGUCCUGGAGCGCCGUGUCGGGCCACUUUGAUGGCUUUGUUGUCCGGGUCAGUGACCCCGAGCAGCUGUCCGACACGCUGGAGUUCAGACUGCCCGGUGAAGUGCGUAACUUUACCAUCUCGAAUCUGAUGGAUGCCACAGGCUACGAUAUUGAACUGUACGGUAUCUCUCACGGGCGCCACACUCCCUCUGUGUUGGCCCACGCCGUCACAGCUCCUUUGCCUAGAGUGGAAAACUUGACCAUUUCCAACCUCACCCCCUACGGCUUCCGUGUGUCGUGGGAGGUGAAGCAGCAGCAGCAGCAGCAGGAGGAGGAGGAAUUAGCCCCCUCUAGUGGCGGCUUCAGGCAUUUUCACAUAGUGGUGACUGACUCUGGCUGGCUGCUGGAGCCUCAGGAGUUCACUGUGCCGGGAAACCAAAGUCACCUGGACAUCUGGGGCCUCAUCACCGGCAUAGGCUAUGAGGUCAGGCUGACCGGGGUGUCAGAGUCGGGGCUUCUCUCUCGGCCUCUGACGACAGUGGCUGUGACAGAGGCCGAGCCGGAGGUGGAGCAUCUCUUCGUCUCGGACGUCACGGCCGACGGUUUCCGUCUGUCGUGGGCGGCCGACGAAGACUUGUUCGACCGGUACGUGAUCAAAAUAAGAGACGGCAAAAGAUUCGCUCACCCGCGAGAGUACGGCGCGAGCGGCGCCGAGCGAACCAAGGUGCUAACGGGGCUCAUGAGCGGCACCGAGUACGAAAUCGAGCUUUACGGCGUCACGUUGGACCAACGCUCCCAACCUAUUACUGGGGUUGCUCAGACAGGCCUGAGCACUCCAAGAGGACUCAGCUUCUCCGAGGUGACGGACUCCACGGCUGUAGUUCACUGGUCCAUGCCGCGCUCUCCGGUGGAUAACUACCGCAUCGCCUACGUGCCCUUUGAAGGAGGAAGCCCACUGGUGGUGACGGUGGGCGGCGACGUGUUCGAGACGUUGCUGCCCGACAUGAUCCCGGGAAAAAUGUACCAAGUGACCGUGAGUGCCGUGAAGGGUCUCGAGGAAAGCGACCCCAGCACGGACACUGUCGUCACAGCUUUGGACAAACCUCAGGGUCUAACUGCAGCGAACGUCACCGACACCUCGGCCCUGUUGGUGUGGCAGCCGUCUGUGGCCACUGUUGAUGGCUACGUCAUUACGUACAGCGCGGAUUCAGUGUCCCAUGUGGUGGAGCGUGUUUCUGGGAACACGGUGGAGUUUGAGAUGGACUCCUUGGUUCCGGGAGCCCACUACACAGUAGGAGUACAUGCUCUGAAGGAAGCUCAGAAGAGUGACUCUGCUGUUACUGAAUUCACCACCGAUGUGGAUCCUCCUCGUGAUCUGAUGGCUAUAAACAUUCAAACUGACAGUGCGACUCUCACAUGGAAACCUCCGCAGGCGGCUGUGACUGGUUACACACUCACCUUCUCAGCUGACGGUACAAUCAGGGAAGUGGUGCUCAGCCCGACGGCGUCCUCUUACAGCAUGGCCGCUCUGACGGGCUCCACGGAGUACGACGUGAGGCUUCAGGCCAUCGCGGGAACCCAGAGGAGUCGUCACGUGACCGCCGUCUUCACGACCAUCGGACAGUUGUACCGACGGCCUCGGGACUGCGCUCAGACCUUCCUGAACGGCGAGACGAGCUCCGGCCUGUACACCGUGUACGUGGGCGGAGAGGAGAGGCAGCCCAUCCAGGUCUACUGUGACAUGACCACGGACGGCGGAGGAUGGAUGGUUUUCCUCAGACGCCAGAACGGAAAGUUGGAAUUCUUCAGGAAUUGGAAGAACUACACCGCCGGCUUCGGUAACAUGAACGAUGAGUUCUGGCUGGGUCUCUCCAACCUCCAUAAAAUCACAAACUCCGGCCACUACGAGCUGCGAGUGGACAUGAGGGACAGCGGGGAGUCGGCCUACGCUCAGUACGACAAGCUCACCAUCGCGGAGCCUAAAACGCGAUAUAAGAUCUACGUCGGGGCGUACAGCGGGACAGCAGGCGACUCCAUGACGUACCACCAGGGUCGGCCCUUCUCCACCUUCGACAACGAUAACGACAUUGCCGUCACCAACUGCGCCCUGUCGUACAAAGGCGCCUUUUGGUAUAAAAACUGUCAUCGCGUCAACCUCAUGGGAAAAUACGGCGACGGCAGUCACAGCAAGGGGAUCAACUGGUUCCACUGGAAGGGCCACGAACACUCAAUUGAAUUCGCAGAGAUGAAGAUUAGGCCGGCCAACUUCAGAAAUUUUGAGAGCAGAAAAAAGCGAUCGUAGACUCGAGAGCC